AUGACUAUCGGGAUUUUUGGCACGUGGGACCAUCAGUUCAAUGCCACUGAGCAAGCACUCACAGAUAAGAUCAAGAACAACCCUUGCUAUCCAUUCACUAUAGUGAAGGACGUGUUUGUUCUUGAAUACCUGCAUGAAAACAUCUGGAAAGGUUCACUGCUACUGAUCGCUUCCACCAUUGGAACUGCCUGUUACAUGAACAUGGAGUUUGGGGACCAUCACAAGUAUACUGGGUUCCUGGUGUUCAGCAUGUGUCUCUCUCUGUGGCUGGUCUGUUCCGGGGCCUUUCGCCGGCGCCUGGUGAUCGAUCACAAGAAGAAGGAGUACCGCUACUACAUCCACACACACCUACGCCACAGGGGCCCCUUGCACCAGAUCUACAUACGCAUGAUAGCGCAGAAGAGUGGUGAGGUCCUACUGUUGGAGUGCCAGGGCAGGAGGAUAGCGACAAAACUCAACCUCAAUUACUUUGACUACCAGGACACUUCUAAACGCCACCUUGUCAUCCACAGGCCCAAAAUCAUCCUGUCUGCUAACAAUGAUCGCAACAAUCCACCUGUCUGAGGAUGAGGAAGUUCCUCUGUGAUCAAUCACGUGGUGCUGUCAGUGUCCCUGCCAUGUAGACUUUACCCUAUCCUUAUUCCAUAAACAGACCAAAUGUAAAUAUUGUGUUUCUAACUGUAAUCAAAUGUCUCUGUGUCUUUUUCAUGAUAGUUUUCUGAAAUAUCUCUUGAAAUCAUUGAUUUGGUCUUCAUCCUUUAACACCAACACAGUU